AUGAAGAACCCUCGAAUCAAAGAAUUCUUGAGGAGAGAGCUCCGGUCGGACGAAGACUUGCAGUAUGCAUUGAGGUAUAUUACAAAGCUCUUCUUGGCGGAUGAAGUUGAGGGCAGCAUUGGUUUGACAGUUUCGAAUGUAGCUUUGAAGAAAUAUGUGGCAAUCAUGAAAUUAUCUCCCAGGACUAGCACGCAUUGUGCGACUCCCGUACGGAAGAUUUGUCGAACACGCGUCACAAUGACAAACAAUCUGCAUGAAGAAUUGGAGGUGUUUUGCACGGAGGAAGGAGCACACGGUGCUUCGCUGCGAAGGACUAUUGAAAAAGUGAUAGACCGAUUGAACCUUGGAAAGUAUGACAAGUUGAUUGUAACCGUCAACAGCGAUUGUACAAAAUUGACAAAAUGCUCAAGCAGUGACAAAAAACAUACCGAGAUUACCAUCAGUAUUUUGCCGUACCAUACCAAGCAGAAUUCUGCCGAAUGGAUCAGUGUGCAUGAAACCAGGAUGCGAUUUGCACCAAGGCUUGUGACUUUGAUGAUUAUUCCCGACAAGGACAGCGGUGAAAAUUUAGAAAGAAACUUUUGGCAUUAUUACACUGAGGAGAUCCAAGAUUUGCAGACAGAAGGGGUGCAUAUUCACGACGGGAAGGCUAUGUACGGAGCGGACAAGUCAAAAGCCGGCGGCAAUGCUUCAAACAAGAUAGGCAUUGAGUUUCUUUUUCGAGCAGACUUGGCGGGACAUUACGCUUAUCUGCAGCGAGGUGGACCGCACGAUAGCGAUGGUGAAUUUUGCAUUCACUGCAAGGAGAAGCUUCAUAGCAAGAAAUCUGCUAAGUUUUUUGCUGUUCACACUGUCUCAGCUGAAGAAAGGUUUACCUGGGAUGGUAUUUGCAACGAGUACCAAGUUGUUCCUAAGGACAUGCGCGACUUGAAUCUAUUGUAA